AUAAACUCCCCAUUUUCGUUUUUUGCAUUACCAAACUGUCUUUGUCGCCGUGGUUUGAAGAGUAGUUGUAGACAUGUCAGGAAGAGGAAAAGGUGGUAAAGGUCUUGGUAAAGGAGGCGCUAAGCGUCACCGAAAAGUUCUUCGCGAUAACAUUCAGGGAAUCACUAAACCAGCAAUUCGUCGUCUUGCUCGUCGUGGCGGUGUCAAGCGUAUUUCCGGGUUGAUCUAUGAGGAGACCCGCGGUGUGUUGAAGGUGUUUCUGGAGAACGUUAUUCGUGAUGCUGUGACUUACACUGAACACGCUAAAAGAAAGACCGUUACCGCCAUGGAUGUUGUAUAUGCUCUGAAACGACAGGGACGCACUCUGUAUGGUUUCGGAGGUUAAGUGAUUCCUAGAAACAACAACAAAAAA